ACUAACUAAACUAAACUAAGCUAUGUCUUUCAAUCUGAUUAAAUUAAUAUUUUAAAAUAUCCACCACCUUUCAAAUCAUGCAUCGUCCGAGAACUUGUAAAAAGGAGGAAUGAAGGAAGGCAAGAAGGUGGCGUGAGGGUGCUACCAAGAUGGCGGCGACCAAAUACUCGCACCCCUUCAUGCAGGGGCUAAAGUCGCUACCCACCGAGUAUGAGGAGGAAAUACAGCAGAUCAGAGAGUGGGUGAAGAGCCAGCCACACCUCCCAUAUAUCUCCGACGAGUACAUAGUCCUGUUCCUGCACUCCAACUACUACAAAGUCAAGGAGACCAAGGAAACCAUCGAGUGUUACUUCACGCAUCGGACCAACACGCCCGACCUCUUCAGUAACCGCGAUCCGCUCGCACCGAGGAACCAGCAGAUAUUGGACAUUGCCCACAUGAUCGGCCUCCCGAACAAGACGUCUGAGGGCUACCACGUGCUGCUUUACCGACUGUCGGACUUCGAUUAUAGCAAGCUGAACUUCGCGGACGCCGUCCGGGUGUUCUGCAUGUUCAACGACGUGAAACUCUCAGAGGACCGGCUGUCGGACGGGUACAUCGUCAUCUUCGACAUGAAGGGCUGCAGUCUUGGCCACCUUACCAGGGUCACGUUGCCAGCGUUGCGAGCCUUCAUGGUUUACAUUCAGACCGCGCACCCGUGUCGUCUGAAAAAGAUCCACGUGGUGCACACAGUCUCGUUCAUCAACCAGGUGAUGUGUCUGGUGAAGCCUCUCAUCCACUCCAACCUGCUCAACCUCCUCAACUUCUGCUCCGAAGGCCCCGCUGCCGUCGUGGACAAGGAACUCCUACCAGAAGACUAUGGCGGCCCCCUCCCUCCCGUGAAAGACUUCCACGCCGAACAACGCAAGAACAUGGAGGAAACUUACAGAGACUGGCUCAUCGAAACCGAGAUGUUCAAGGUUGAUGAGAAGAAGAGAAUCAAGAAGCCUAGUAAAGGAUUGUUCGCUAGCUUGACCAGUAGUUUCAAAAGCUUAGACAUCGACUGAUGCUCUGUAUAUUUCUUUAGGGACCUGACCUAUUAAAUCCUUUAUGGCGCUGACUUGCCUUUUACACUCUUUAAGUCUUCCGGUACACUGUAUUCUCAAAUUAUUUACGACACAAGCAUUCAAAAUGCUUUCUAGAUCUGUCGUAGUUUUUACAACUUAACAAGAAAAUGUUACCAGUUACUGUACCUAGAAAUAUCUUGUUGGCAUAAUUUAGAAUCAAGGUAAUUUUAAACUAACCAAAACAAAACCUGAAUACCUAUAUUAUUUUCUUAUUAUCUUAUUUAUCAAAUGCAAAGUUUAAUAGAGUUGACCGUUUACCGAACGAGUGUCUAAGUUUUUUGGGCCAUUAUUUAUUUUCAUAAGACCGUGACCGGAAUUGGCACCCCUCCGAAUUACGUAACAGGGUUUUAUCGCGUUGUUUACUAGUUAUAAGUAAGUUGCCAAAAUACGUAAGAUUUUUCCUUAUAUCGAGCUUUUGUUGCUCAAUACUUUACUCUAAAUAAACUUAUAUUUUUCUAGAAACUCUAUUACAUAUUUUAAUGUUGAUGUUAUAUCGUAAAAGUCAUGUUUAAAAACUAGUUUAAAAAGUAAAUUUUAGCCUUCAUUAAAAACCUUCUGAAUGGAGGACCUUUAUAUAUCCAGUAUAUUAUUGGUCAAUUCAUUGAAAAGAUUUUGAUUUUACAAACGUCUCUUUCUUUUCGACUAAUAUCGAUCUUAUUGUGAAUAGAUAGGUUAGCAAAUUCAAGGUAACCUAUAAAUAAUAAAACAUUUAGCGUCCUUUUUAAAAGUUACCAUUCCUAAUUUUAUUGAAUAUAAAUCCUAUAAUCAUUGUUGUACAUAUUAUUAUGGUGCAGAUGUAUAGACGGUCAAGCAAACCUAUUCACUUAAAAAAGGAGGCAUUUGAAAAAUGUAGGGGCGAAGGUAUAUUGUUCCAUAGAUUUUUUUUUUCAUUUUGCACCUCUUUUCAGUGACAAGAUUUGCUUGAUCGUCUAAGGUACAGCGGGGCAAAUCUCGACUGGGGG